AUGGCACCUAAGAGAUCUAUAUCCAACGCCGGCUCCGGAUCUCGCAAGAGUCAGAGACUGGUCAAGCUGCAACCUGCUCAAGGCGCCAAUUCGAUCCUGCACUAUUUCUCGAAGUCACCUACUGAUAAACCGGCGGAGAUCUCAGACACAGCUAUAAGCAAUCCCGAUAAUGCACGAGAGCAAGAUUCCCAGGACCUAGAAGUGGAAGAAAAGGAAGACUUGGCACUCACAUCAGAAGUGGAAGCGGAUGAUUUUUCGGAGUCUGAUGAAGAUGAGACUUGUACCUCAGAGGCCGAUAAUGCAGAAGAGCAUCAAACACCCGAAGCCAAGUAUACUGCUCGCACUGAGCAGAUACAGAUAAUGCUUAGACACAUGGGCUUACCAUCUGAUCUGUUUGACCCCGAAGCCCAUACCAACUGGCUCAGUAUUCUUCUACACACAUCUUCAGCCAGUGACGAAGUCAAGCAAGAGAUCCAUGAAUUCUCCAAGAAGAUCAAAGAAACAACUUUCCCUGAGUCAACCGUUGAUGUGGUUGAAUGGCAACAGGAUGAUAACCGGCGAUCCUGGCACAGCCAUUGCCCAAAGAUGGAUGAUAUCUGGGAAGAAUAUCUCGCCGGCCUUGUGAAUAUCCUUGGCGAGAACAGUGAUUUCAAGCUCUCAACUAUGGCCAAACCAUCGGGACCCCUCGGCGCCGUUUUGCAUAUGCAAUGGCACUACCCCGUCGAUGCUAAGCGCCGUGUAAGCCAAGGCCACCAUUUUCGCCACGUGCUUGACACAAACAAUAGGAGCCUCUUCCAGCAGGAAAAGAAGAUGGGCACUCCCCUGAAUGUAUCUGUUUCGGAUAUGAUCCCUAUCCGCCAGCCCUCCCGUAAUCCCAACUAG